AUGUCAUACAACCGAUUAGGCGCACCAGGUGGUAGCGACGACCCGUACGAGAUGGACCCACGAAGAAACAACGGGCGGACUCCUUCGCCAGGCCAGCCUCUCCGUGGCUAUCAACUAGAAGACCGCUAUGCUUCACCACAGCCUUCGGGCAUCCUCGAGAUCCCUAUGGGACCCAACCCAGCAGCAGCUUCCGGCGACCGCUUGCCAUUACAACCAAGUUACUCAGUAGAAAACAUUCCCUACGCAGCAGGCAACUAUCACGACGAUUACGACCCACGACCGCAACGACACGACUCGGACUACUCCCUCGAUCCCCAAGCGCAUCACGAUGCCUACUACAACCAGCCUUACGACCCAACUCCACACCACGACGAGAGCCCAGGCGCGGGCUACGGAACACAGCCAACACACUACUGGCAAGAUGAGGAUAUGAACAGACCCAUGAUACACGGCGCCAAUUCAUAUGGCCCAGAUCCUCAUGAUCCAGAGGACAUGGACCCAGAGAACCCGUUUCAUGAUGAACCUGCGCCUACACCAAGCCCCGCCCCAAUAAAGCGAUGGAAGACCGUCAAGGAGGUCCAAUUGUUCAAGGGCAACUUGGUGCUCGAUUGCCCGAUUCCACCGCGGUUACUGAACCAGGUUCCGCAUGCACAGCCCCCAGAGCGUGACGAAUUCACCCAUAUGCGCUACUCGGCCGCCACAUGCGACCCUGCAGACUUCGACGCGGAGCGCUUCACUUUGCGCCAGAAGCUUUUCGCAAAGCCAAGGCAUACCGAGCUGUUCAUCGUUAUUACCAUGUACAACGAGGAAGACGAACUGUUUGCGCGGACAAUGAUUGGUGUCAUCAAGAACAUUGAGUACAUGAACUCGCGAACCAACAGCAAGACGUGGGGCAAGGACGCGUGGAAGAAGAUCGUAGUCUGCGUCGUCAGCGAUGGUCGUGCCAAGAUCAACCCGCGGACCCGCGCCGUGCUAGCAGCGCUCGGUGUCUACCAGGACGGCAUUGCCAAGCAGCAAGUCAACGGCAAGGAUGUGACUGCCCAUAUCUACGAGUACACCACGCAGAUGACGCUCGACAUCAAGAAGGGUGUCGUUGGUGUCAAGAAGGGCAACACUCCAGUGCAGAUGCUCUUCUGUCUCAAGGAGAAGAACCAGAAGAAGAUCAACUCGCAUCGAUGGUUCUUCCAGGCCUUCGGAGCUGUGCUAGAUCCUAAUGUCUGUGUGCUUAUCGAUGCUGGUACAAAGCCUGGCAAAGAUUCUGUCUACCAGCUAUGGAAGGCAUUCGAUCUUGAGCCCAUGUGUGCAGGUGCUUGUGGUGAAAUCAAAGCUAUGCUUGUCCACGGAAAGAAGCUUUUGAACCCAUUGGUAGCGACGCAAAACUUUGAGUACAAGAUGAGCAACAUUCUGGACAAGCCUCUUGAAUCAGCGUUUGGUUUCAUUUCUGUGCUUCCCGGUGCUUUCUCGGCCUACCGUUACGUUGCGCUUCAGAACGACAAGACAGGACAAGGACCACUGGAGAAGUACUUUGCUGGUGAGAAGAUGCACGGCGCCAACGCUGGUAUCUUCACAGCCAACAUGUACCUGGCUGAGGACCGUAUCCUGUGUUUCGAGUUGGUCUCCAAGAGGAACUGCCAUUGGAUCCUGCAGUACGUCAAGUCUGCUACCGGAGAGACGGAUGUACCGACCACCAUGGCCGAGUUCAUCAGUCAACGUCGUCGUUGGUUGAACGGAUCCUUCUUCGCUGCUGUCUACGCCCUGGCCCACUCUUUCGACAUCUUCCGCAGCGAUCACUCUUUCUUGCGCAAAACCAUGUUCCUCGUUGAGUUUGUCUACCAAACUAUCAGCAUGAUCUUCGCCUGGUUCGCUCUCGGUAACUUCUUCCUGGUCUUCCGCAUUCUCACUGCCUCUUUACAAAACGAACUCGGUACCGCGGGUAAAGUUCUCUUUAUCGUCUUCGAGUGGCUCUACAUUGCUGUUCUGAUAACAUGUUUCAUAUUAUCACUCGGUAAUCGGCCUCAAGGUUCCAAUAAGUGGUACAUGUCCAUGGUCUACUUUUGGUGCAUCAUCAUGGCAUACCUCAUGUUCGCGUCCAUCUUCAUCACCGUUCGCUCCGUACAAGGACAGAUCGAAACCAACGGUGGCUUCAACGCGGCAGAUCUUUUCAAGGAUAAGAUCUUUGCUACAUUGAUCAUAUCACUGCUGUCGACGUACGUCAUGUGGCUAGUGGUCUCCAUCAUCUUCUUGGACCCAUGGCACAUGUUCACCUCUUUCUUCCAGUACCUGCUUAUGACACCCACCUACAUCAACAUUCUCAACGUCUACGCCUUCUGCAAUACUCACGACAUCACCUGGGGUACCAAAGGAGACGACAAGCCGGAGAAGCUUCCUUCAGUCACCACCAAGGCUGAUGGUAAAGCGGAUAUUCAGGCACCAACUGACGAUGCCGAUCUCAACACCCAAUACGAGACUGAGCUCCGCGUCUUCAGCGCAAAGUGGAAGGAAGAGAAGAAGGUGCCGUCAGCCAGCGAGAAGCAAGAAGACUACUACAAGGGUUUCCGAUCCGGUGUCGUGCUCUUCUGGAUGUUCUGCAACUUGGGUCUAUCGGCCUUGGUUCUGCAGUCGGGUGGCCUGGAGCUCACCGUCAGUAGUCCCGACGAGGCUCAGAAGAAGCAGAACGACGCUGCCACCAUCUAUUUGGCGGUAGUACUAUACAGUGUUGCCGGUUUGGCUGCUUUCAGAUUCAUUGGAGCUAUGUGGUUCUUGGUCGUGCGAAUGUUCCGCGGUGUAUGA